AUGAAUAGAUUUGGAAUGAAGUAUCACGAAGAUAUGCUCAGCAUAACUGCUCGAGAUGUAGAUGGUAAUGCAGCAGUGGAUGUGAAGGUCCCAAGAGCCGAUUGCUUAAUGGUGGAUCAAAUCGCAAGAGAAGUAAAAAGACUGAAUCCUGUAUUCUUGACAUCCGCUGACGCACAGUGUGGAAACAGCCGAACUUCCUAUUGA